AUGGCAACGGAGGCCCCUUCAGUGGAGGCCAAGGCCCCGACAAAUUUGCCAAAUACAGUUCCCUUCUGGCGAUUAGUGACUGAACCCGGCGUGGUAACGCAAGAAGUGGUGGACCAUUUCUAUGCAGGAGCAGGAACUGAAGAUGACCCGUAUGUGGUCCAAUGGAUGCCCAAGGAUUUUCGAAACCCACUUCAACUCAGCCUGUCUAUAAAAUGGACCGUCACAAUGGUUGCUGCUAUGGAAACACUCGUGGUGGCCUUGGUAUCUUCGGCAUAUACCGGUGGUAUCGCGCAGAUUGAGGAAUCUUUCCAAACAACAACCGAGAUCUCAACAUUGGGUGUCUCUCUUUACGUGCUGGGAUUUGCAUUGGGACCCUUGCUCUGGGCUCCGAUGAGUGAGAUGUUUGGACGUCAAGCCGUCUUCAUCGGUACUUACUGUGGCUUAACCAUCUUCUGUGCCGCCACUACAGGCGCCAAAAACAUCGAGUCCCUACUGGUAUUCCGUUUCCUUGCUGGUUCCUUCGGAUCCUCGCCUUUCACAAACUCCGGAGGUGUCAUCGCUGACAUGUUUGCUGCUCGAGAGCGUGGACUGGCACUAUCUGCAUUUGCCUUGGCUCCCUUCCUGGGUCCAGUCAUUGGUCCCAUUAUCGGUGGCUUCCUGGGUAUGAAGGCCGGAUGGAAAUGGGUGAUGGGUCUCUUAACAAUCUUGUGCGCUGUGAUGUGGUUUUUCGGUGCUGUCCUGAAGCCAGAGACCUACGCCCCUGUUCUUCUUCGCCAACGAGCCCGUACUCUCUCAAAGCUUACCGGUCGUGUUUACAUCAGUAAGCUCGAUAUUGACCAAGGUCGACCCGACCUGAAGGAAUCGCUCAAGGUUUCUCUCUCUCGCCCUUUUAUCCUUCUCUUCAUGGAGCCUAUCGUCCUCCUUCUUUCGAUCUAUCUCGCUAUUAUCUACGGAACCCUCUACAUGCUUUUCGGCGCCUACCCGAUCGUCUACGAACUUCACCGAGGAUGGAACCAGGGUGUCUCUAGUCUUGCAUUCCUUGGUGUCAUGGUGGGAAUGCUGGCCGCAAUUGCAUACUCGAUUCCAGAGAAUACACGCUAUGGAAAACUUCUCGAAAAGAAAGGUGGUUAUUGCCCUCCCGAAGAUCGUCUUCCUGCGUGUAUGAUUGCCUCCCUUGCCCUACCUAUUGGUCUCUUUUGGUUCGCAUGGACGGAUUCUCCAAAUAUUCAUUGGAUGGCCAGUGUUGCAGCCGGUGUUCCCUUUGGCUUCGGCAUGGUCCUUGUAUUCCUGUGUGUCUUCAACUAUUUGAUUGACUCCUACACUAUCUUCGCCGCCUCUGUCCUCGCGGCCAAUUCCUUACUACGAUCUCUCUUUGGCUUUGCAUUCCCACUUUUCACAACAUACAUGUUUGAGAACCUAGGACUCCAUUGGGCUGCGUCUGUGCCAGCUUUCUUGGCCUUGGCCUGUGUUCCCUUCCCAUUCAUUCUUUACAAGAAGGGUCUAUCCAUCCGGAAACACUGCAAAUACUCGGCACAGUCAGAGGCAUUUGUUCAAAGCCUACUUCAAAGUAUGGGAGAGCCUCAACCACAACAGGAUGUUCAAGCUGAUGAACCAGCUUCAUCUGAUGAGCCUGUGUCGCGCGUGCCCACUCUCACCGACCAUACCAAUGCCAUCGAUUCGUCAUUGGCUCAAAAGGAGGGCCAGAUCAACGUUCAUUCCCUUGAUCGAUCUCUUACACACACCUCCGGUCGCGUAUCCGGGGAAAUGCAUCGGAUUCCCACCUACGAGGCGAAUCCGUAUGAUGUUGACCGUAUCAACACCCGAGAAUCGUUCAAAUAG